UUCCCUCAUUGUUGGUGGGUUGCGUGCUGCAUGCGUCUUUAACUGCAGGAGUGGGCAGGCAGGCUGCAGCUGAGGGGGUGGGAAAAGGGAGCGUGACUGCUGGAAGCAUGCCAGGGGACUGCAGCUGGAGGAACGUGUGCGAAUAUGAGACCGAUAAAGUUGUCCGCAUUCAAAGCGUGACAUAUGGGAACAUAAAGUGGAUUCUCCACAUGAUAGUGUUUUCCUAUGUUAGUUUUGCCUUAGUGAAGGACAAGCUCUAUCAGCACAAGGAGCCCCUCAUCAGCUCUGUGCACACCAAAGUGAAAGGUCUGGCAGAGGUAAAAGGACAUACACUGCCGAGAAUCUUUGACACUGCAGAUUACACCUUUUCCUUGCCGGGAAACUCCUUCUUUGUGUUGACUAACUUCAUAGAAACAUACCAGCGUCAGGGUCAAUGUCCUGAGUAUCCCAGUCCCAGGACUCUAUGUUCGACAGAUCGUUCAUGUAAAGCUGGGCGGAUGGACCCACAGAGCAAAGGAAUUCAGACAGGAAAGUGUGUGAAAUAUGAUGAAACCCGCAAGACAUGUGAGGUGGCUUCCUGGUGUCCCGUAGAAGCACUAAGAGACGCCCCCCAACCUGCCCUUCUGAAGAGUGCCGAAAACUUCACAGUGCUCAUAAAGAACAAUAUCGAUUUUCCAGCCCAUAACUACACCACAAGAAACAUUUUACCAGAUUUAAACACAUCCUGUAUGUUUCACAAGACACAGAAUCCACAAUGUCCCAUUUUCCGACUAGGAGAUAUUUUACAAGAAACAGGGGAAGAAUUUUCAGAAGUAGCAAUCAAGGGUGGAAUUAUGGGCAUUGAGAUCUCUUGGGACUGCAACCUGGAUCGAUGGUUCCAUCACUGCCGCCCGAAAUACAGCUUCCGCCGCCUGGAUGAUAAGACUACCAAUGAAUCUUUGUAUCCAGGCUUCAACUUCAGAUAUGCCAAGUACUACAAGGAAGGAGGCAUAGACACACGAACUCUGAUCAAAGCCUACGGGAUCCGUUUUGACAUUCUAGUUUUCGGCACGGGAGGAAAAUUUGACUUUAUCCAAAUGAUCAUUUACAUUGGCUCAACACUUUCCUACUUUGGUUUGGCAACAGUUUUUAUCGACUUUCUUAUUAGUUCAUACUCUAGUGAGUGCUGUAGAACUCGCAUAUAUCCCUGCUGCAACUGCUGUAAACCAUGUGUUGUCAAUGAACAUUACUACAGAAAGAAGUGUGAAUUAAUUGUGGAGCCUAAGUCGACCUUAAAGUAUGUGUCAUUCGUGGAUGAACCACACAUUAGAAUGGUGGAUAAACAACUACUAGGGGAAAGUUUACAAGAUGCUAAAGGUGAAAAAGUCCCAAGACCUGAUACGGAUUUCACAGUCUUCACCAAAUUGCGCCCACCACUUCCUUACCAAGCUCCAGCCCCCGGCCACCCCCAGGAGCUCCAGCCACUCAACAGAGAAGAACCCCCUGCUUCUGAUAGGGAAAGUCCUCACUGGUGUCACUGUGGAAACUGCUCCCAAUCCCAACUACCUAAAGGCAACAGAUGCCUCGAGGAGCUAUGCUGCCGGGAAAAGAAAGGUCCCUGCAUCACCAUUUCAGCUUUGUUCCAGGAGCUGGUCCUCUCCAGACCCACCCUGCAGUUCAUGCUGUUCUAUCGAGACCCCUUGAUGACUCUGGACUCUGAUGCUCUGACCAGGGAGCUCCGGCACUGCGCAUAUAAGCGCUAUAUUGACUGGCGUUUUGGCUCUGAGGACAUGGUGGACUUUGCCAUCCUGCCUAGUUGCUGUAGGUGGAGGAUCAGGAAAGAGUUUCCAAAGCCAGGUGGCCAAUACAGUGGCUACAAGAGCUUUUACUGAAAUUCUCAUCUAAAGCAGCAGGCCUACCUGGCUUCUCUUUUACUCUCCCACAGUGCUUAGUCAGUUCAGCACAUAGUAAGCACUCAAUAAAUACCAUUGGAUUGAUUGAUUUUAUGACUAACUUGCCAGAGCCUUUGCAGGAGAAGCCCCAAGCUAGCAUUUUGGCAAAGAUAUGUGUAUUUAGCAAUUAUGCCUCUCUGUGUGCGGAAUUCUUUAUCUGGCUGGUGAGGGAGAAUGUGGGCUGCUGAUAGCAUCUGUUAGACGGUUCUUCCUCUGUCUUCAGCUCCUGUGGCACUGUAGUUGAUGUAAACUGAUGGUGCAGGAAAAUGACUCAAUGAUGCUUUGAAAAAGUCAGUAGACAAAGAGUCAUCAACCUCACUGCUGAGUCCUUUCCACUAAAAGGUUAACAAAAAAGUGUUAGCUUUCCUGAACCUCCCUCCUGUCAGGUUUCCUUUUACAAAAGGUUCAUACCAUCACGAAAAUGUUGUUUGUUUUUUUUUAAAUUCCAAAAUAAUGUCCAGUGUGCCUAUUAACUGCAAUGAAAGACUUGUAAGUUCACUAAGUUUUUGUCCUUAGAUGAUGCUAUAUCAUAUGGUGGCAUUUGAGGACUAAAACUUAAUGAAUUUACAAGCCCUUUAUUGCGUUUGAUAGGAGCAUAUGCUGGGGGGGAGUUGGGGGCGUGGUGUUGUGUGUGUGUGUGUCCACAUAUACAUAUAUACAUGUAUAUAUAGACAAUCAACUUAGUGGCACAUGGUGAUAUCAGUAAACAUUUUCUUUAAAGAUGGGAUUUUUUUUCUGGAUUUAAACUCAGGAAUUCAGCUAAACAAGCCCGAGUCUCUCAGACAACCUUUUACCUUUAUUGCUUUUCUGUGAUAUUUUUAGAAAUUUUGCCACAUUCGACUUCACACAGAUAGUGACAGAAAUGGAAAUCAUUUUGUUACUGCUAAUUCACUUGCAUAUUGUUAAGGACUUCCAGAUAGUGGCCUUAGAAGACCAGGAACAAUAUCUAUUCCCUUUUCCCAUCAGCUUCCCUUCCCCAGCAGGACUCAAUGACUGCUGCCUGUGGGGCUGGACAAUAGAACAGUAGAAAAUCAAUCUGCGGUUUGCUCUGCUUUUGAUCACAGCCACCAAAGGUAAUCAGGCAGUGUGUGAAUUGCAAUAAUGUGUAAACAUAUCUGACACUUUUUACAGUAAGAUAAGUGGUGUUUUGUAGAGUACUUGUUUUUACUUACUAUAGAAAAUCACUUUUCUUGCCAAUAACAUUCCUGGGAGAAUCCCACUCGCUAUUUUACAAACUCUGUUAACUGUGCCCCUGAAACACUGUGUAUGUUAAGUGCACAGAAAUCUCCUUCAUAUGUGUGCGGGCAAUGCCUGAUUCACUACUGUAAUAUUAAAAUCGAUACAUCUCUCUUUUAAUAUAGAAUUGUUAAUGUACAGUCAUUUUUCUCAUUCGGGAAGAUGUUUUUAAAGCCAUUUUCCAUUACUUUGGAUUUUCUCACACUCUGGAUCCCUUAAAGUCUGUAGCUGCUUAUACAAUAAAUAUGAUUCCUAUAUAAUAA